AUGAGCGAAUCGCUGGACAUCGAGAACGCCAAGGCGAAGCUGAAGCUGGUGUUCUCGUUCUGGGGGAGCUCGGCGAACAAAAGCUUCGCGCAGAGCAACGCGUUCUGCGUGCUGUCCGGGAAGUCCAGCAAAGAGGAAAAUGCGACGACGCAGGAGCAGUUCCAAAUGUGGCUGAUGGGGUAUCAACUGACGGAGACGUUUUUCCUCUUCCUAAAAAAGGAGAGGCUAGUCAUCCUCACAAGUGACAAGAAGAAAAAGUUCCUGCAGCCGCUGCUAGAUAGCUUGGACAAUGUGCAAGUGAUGGAGAGGAGCAGCGAUAAUACGGAAAAUUUUACGCAAAUAAAAAAAAUGAUAAAUGGUGCAGAAACGGAAGAAAUAGCCAUUUUGAAAGACAAAGAUGCCACAGGAAAUUUUUUUGAAAAUUGCUACAGCUUUAUAAAAACGCUAGAUUUGCCACAAGUGGAUGUAAACGCGGAGCUAAAAUUCCUGAUGAACUUCCGAUCCGAAUCUGAUAUGAAGAUUCAAAAAAGUGGGAGCGAUAUUGCAUGCAUCAUUUUAAAAAAUAUCCUAAUUACAACAAUAGAGAAUGCUCUAGACAGUGAGGAGUUCCAAAGCCACGAUAAGAUAAAAGACAAAGCGUUGAAAUUUCACGAAAAUAAAAAAUGCGUUUUAAAAUUGAAGGAGAAACUGAAGGUAGACAUCGACGAUAUUGAUGUAAUCUACAGCAAUGUGCAGAGUGGGAAUCAAUUCACCCUAAAUUACAAAAAUAGCAAUAAUAAAAGCUACCUCUCGCAGAAUGAAGGCACCAUACUGGUCGGGGUGGGAGUCAAAUAUAAGGAGCUCUGCUCCAAUGUGAAUAGGACCCUCCUGCUAAAUGCGAAGACGCAACAUAAAGAGCUGUACAGCUUCACCCUAGCUAUCGAAAAAUACAUCAUUAAGGAGUGCCUCCAGGUGAAUAACACAUAUGGAGAGGUCUACAAACAGGCGGUCAGCUUCAUCAAGAAAAAUAAAAAGGACUACCCUACGUUGAGUCAAAUUAAUGUGGAGUCCUAUUUUGUGAAAUGCCUCGGACACGUCAUAGGAAUCGAAUUUAUGGAAAAAGAUUUUCUCAUCACAGAGAGUAACAACAGCGGAAUGAUUCAGAAGAAUACCUCGUACAAUUUAUCCGUCGGAUUUGAAAACGUGCCUGGGAAUGAUAAAAACAAUUUCGCCAUCUGGAUCAGCGACACGGUGUGCAUUAACGACCAGGGGGAGGUGAACAUCCUGACCGAUUCCAUCAGCAAGGAAAUUAAUACAAUUUCCUACGAGCUCGAGGAUAGCAAAAGUGAAGAAGAACUUGAUACUAAUGUGAAAAGUGAAAAGAAGGAACAAAAUGGAGACUUGAGCAGAAAAAAAACCGGCAUCUCCGCCAGCAUACUAAAUAACGCAGCUAGCGUUAUCGUCUCGGACAGACUCAGGAGGAGGAACAAAAAUUCACUCGCACACAACAAUGAGCAGGAGAUGGAAGAGCUAAACAAAAGGCAAAGCGAAUUGAAGGAGAAAAAAAUCAACGAAAUUAAAUUUCGAUUCUCCAAAGGGACGAGCGAUUAUAAAGACCCAAAUAAGAAAAAUGUGAAAAAGCUGGAGGAUGUAAAAGCGUAUAACGACGCGGAUUUGCUGCCAAGAGACUUAAGGCCGAACAUCAUAUGUGUAGAUAAUAAGCAUGAAUGCAUUUUGCUCCCCAUCAAUGGAGCGCAUAUCCCCUUUCACGUCUCUACUAUUAAAAAUUUAAGCUCCAAUUAUGAAGACAAUAAUGAUAUCUUUGUGCUCCGUAUAAACUUUCAAGUGCCAGGAAACCAGGGGGUCCUAAAGGCAGAUUUUAAUACGUUCCCCACUCUGCAAGAAAAAGAAAUGUACAUUAAAGAGCUCAUAUUUAAGUCGAAUGAUGAGAGGCACUUCCAGAACGUCGUCAAGCAGGUGAAGGACCUCAUUAAGCACGUCAAGCAGAAGGAGGUAGAAGCGGAUGUGAAUGACCCCAAGCAUGCUCAAGAAAAGCUAGUUCUAAACAAAAGCGGAAGAAGAAUCAUUCUUAGAGACCUCAUGACUAGGCCAAACAUAUUCACCGGGAGAAAAAUCCUAGGCACAUUGGAACUACACACCAACGGAGUUAGAUACUCAGCCAAUUCGAGAGGAACGACGGAACAUAUUGACAUCCUCUUUGACGAUAUCAAAUAUGCCUUUUACCAACCCUCCGAUGGGCAGCUAAUCAUUUUGAUUCACUUCCACUUGAAGAGAUACAUCAUGGUGGGGAAGAAAAAAACCCUCGACGUGCAAUUCUACUGCGAAGCGGGGACCCAAAUUGACGACCUCGAUCGAGCCAAGGCAAGAAACGUAUACGACCCUGACGAAAUGCAUGACGAAAUGAAAGAAAGGGAACAAAAAAAUAGACUCAAUUUGAUUUUCAAAAAUUUCGUGCAACAAAUGCAGGACAUUUCAAAAAUAGAAUUCGAAAUCCCCUACCCUGAGCUCACCUUCUCUGGAGUUCCAAACAAAAGCAACGUAGAAAUUUUUGUCACCGCAAAUACGAUUAAUCACCUGGUGGAGUGGCCCCCCUUCAUCCUCUCCGUUGAGGACAUCGAAAUUGCCUCCCUCGAGAGAAUCCACCACGGGCUCCGAAACUUUGACAUGAUAUUUGUGUUCAAGGACUACACUAAACCAGUGAAGCGCAUCGAUGUGAUCCCCACGGAGUACAUAGACACCAUCAAGAAGUGGCUGACCACCAUAGACAUCGUCUACUACGAGGGGAAGAACAACCUCCAGUGGGGGAACAUUUUGAAGACCAUUUUGGCCGACAUCGACUCGUUCGUCAACUCCAAGGGCUUCGACGGCUUCCUCGGCGACGACGAGGAGGAGGAGGAGCAGUCCGCGGAGGACGAGGACGAGGACGACGAGUACGAGGUGGACGAGUCGGAGUUGAGCGCCGAGGACGACAGCGACUACGACGACAGCGGAGAUGAGAGCCUCGCCACGGAGAGCGACGGCGAGGGCGAAGUCGAGGAGGACUCCGAGGACGAGGGCCUCUCUUGGGACGAGCUCGAGGAGCGGGCCAAAAAGGACGACAAAAAACGAUUCGCCUACAAAAGCGACGACGAAGAAGGAUACAACAAGAGGAAGAAGAAGAAAAAAAAUUAA